AUGCUGAAGGUACCACUUUUGCUCUGCGUUUUGGGAAGCGCGUCGCUCUGGGUGCUGGCAGGAGCCAGCACUAUCCGACCUGAAGAUGGUGUGGUGACCCCAGGUGUGGAAGAUGGCACCGUGUCCCCAGGUGUGGAAGAUGGCGCCGUGUCCCCAGGUUUGGAAGAUAACUUGGUGACUCCAAGUGCCAGUGAACAGCCCGAUAAGUCUGCUGGCUUGACAACUCAGGGACUGACAACUACAAAGAGUGUGACAGUCAUUCACGUCACGGAUCGGACACCUCUAGAAAGCACAGAAGAAAGUCAGAAGACCACAGCCUCAAAUGUGGGAACUGGUCACUCUGAUGGUUUGACAACAGUAACCCUGGUUGGAAUCAUAGUUGGGGUCUCACUAGCCACUGCCUUCAUCGGUGGAGUCAUCUACAUGGUUGUGCGAAAAACGUCAGGAAGAUACAUGCCCUAA